AUGCAUCCAUUGCUGCAGGUUGUUUUGUGGGUGGCAGCCCCUGUCCUCAUAUGCAGGGGAUUGACGACCAUGGUGAUGACUGUCUUCUUGGUUAUGUUCCUCUUCCAGUACCUACCAAAGAUAUACCACUGCAUCAGCUUCUUGCGCCGCUUGCAGAACUCAUCAGGCUACAUAUUUGGGACUAUUUGGUGGGGAAUUGCUAUCAACUUGAUAGCCUACUUUGUUGCUGCACAUGCUAUAGGCGCUUGCUGGUAUUUGCUUGGGAUCCAGAGAGCUGCAAAUUGCCUUAAUGAGCAAUGCAUUGCAACAAAGGGGUGUGGUCUGAAGGCAGUGGGAUGUGCUAAUCCUAUAUACUAUGGAAUUACAACGGCAAGUAGAGAUGGGGAGAUAUUGUCUUGGGCUAACAAUGCCAAUGCAAGGGAAGUGUGUCUUGACAGCCAAGAUAAAUUCGAUUAUGGGACUUAUAAGUGGACAGUCCUCCUGAUUACAAACUCAAGCCGACUGGAGAAGAUACUCCUCCCCAUCUUCUGGGGCCUGAUGAAUCUAACCACCUUUGGCGGGGGUCUCGAGAGCACAACCGAAUGGCAUGAAAUUCUCUUCAACAUCAUUGUUAUAACAGCUGGGCUCCUUCUGGUCACAAUGUUAAUUGGAAACAUCAAGGUGUUCUUGCACUCAGCAACAUCAAAGAAGCAGGCGUUGCACCUAAAGAUGAGGAGUUUGGACUGGUGGAUGAGAAAGCGGCAGCUGCCCAAGGGGAUCAGACACAGGGUGCGCCAGUACGAGCGGCAGCGAUGGGCAGCAAUGAGAGGGGUUGAUGAAUGCAAGAUGAUCCAAGACCUCCCCGAGGGCUUGAGGAAGGAAAUCAAGUACCACCUCUGCCUUGAUCUCGUCCGACAGGUUCCGUUGUUUCAACACAUGGAUGAGCUGGUCCUGGAGAACAUAUGUGACAGGGUGAAGUCAUUGAUCUUUCCCAAAGGAGAAACUAUUACCAGAGAAGGUGACCCUGUACAAAGAAUGCUAUUUAUAGUCAGGGGACACCUGCAGAGCAGCCAAGCUCUCCGAAAUGGCAUCAUGAGCUGCUGCAUGUUGGGCCCCGGAAACUUCAGCGGCGACGAGCUCUUGUCAUGGUGCCUUCGACGACCGUUCAUCGAGCGGCUGCCUCCUUCUUCCUCGACCUUGGUGACCCUCGAGACCACCGAAGCAUUCAGUCUGGAAGCCGGCGACGUGAAGUACGUCACGCAGAACUUCAGGUACACGUUUGCCAACGAGAAGGUGAAAAGGAGCGCAAGAUACUACUCCCCUGGAUGGAGGACGUGGGCAGCGGUGGCGAUUCAGCUAGCGUGGAGGAGGUACAAGCUCCGGCUAACACUCGCUUCUCUUUCGUUUAUACGUCCCAGGAGGCCUGCUUCGCGUUGUUCCUCGCCUGGCGAGGAAAGGCUUCGGCAUUACGCUGCUCUCUUGACCUCUCCCAAACCCAACCAAGACGCUCUCCCGUGAUGAAAAGGAUCCCAUAUUACUGCUUCGGAGGCCCAGCACAAGUUCAUGGGAUUGUAGGUUUUGGAGUUACUUCAUAGGCUUCCUCAAGGGGAUGUGAUGUUGAUGCUUUUAUUUGGAGCUUGGGGGCUUGAGCAAAUGUAAGAUCGAAAAUCUUGGUGACCACUUAUGUGAGGUAACAUGAAUUCAAUUAUUUCUUAUAGUAUAUACAUAUAAUCAUAACUAUAAUUAAAAUUAAUUAUAAUACAAUCAUAUUGCGUCUGA